AUGUGCGCUAUGCGACGGGAGGAGGGCGGAGGAGGCCGCGCCCAGCCGGCGGCAGCUCCGGUCCUCUGUGCGCAGGAGAAGCGGCGGCUGCAGGAGCAGAUCCGCGCGGCGCGCCGGGAGCUGGAGGACGAGAAGCUCCGCGUGGAGCGGCUCAAGAGGAAGUCUCUCCGGGAGCGUUGGCUAAUGGACGGGGCAGCAGAAGGGCCAGAAGGGCCCGAGGACCCCACCUCAAAGGACCCCCAGUCGCCAGAGGGCCAGGCUCAGGCCCGAAUCCAGAAUCUACAAGACAGCUUGUUCACACUCCAGUCCCAACUGCAGCUGUUGCAAAGCGCGUCCACAGGUGCCCAGCACAAGCCCCCCGGCAGGCCCAGCUGGCGCAGACAGGGUCACCGUCCUCUCUCCCAGCCCACUGUCGAUGUAGGUCCUGAAGGCCACACUGAUGUGGACAAGAGAGCCUCCCUGCCCGUGGGACCAGUGGGCAUGUCCCCAGAGUCCCCCUCUGAGUCCAGAGAGGAGGCUGUAGAGGUUCUGCCAGCCCCAGCCCCGAGGCAGGUCCCCGGAGCUGCAGGGGCCUCCUCAGAAGCCAACGGCCCCUGCCCUGGACCCAGCCCCGCUCCGGAGCAGGAGCUGAGUCAGGGGGCGGUGGCAGGCAAGGGGCGGGUGGGCGAGGCCAACGGAGGGGGCGUGGUCACGGUGGUGUGGGAGGGGCUGAGAGCCGCCGAGGACUGUGCCGCGGGAGCCACCGGCCCUGAGCUGGAGGCUAAGGUGGAGGAGGUGGUGCUCGAAGCCAUUGGGGACAGGCGGGGGGUUGGCCGCCCGGAGCUCCCAGCCUGGGUGAGGGAGGACAGGGGCAUCGUGGAGGUGGUCUGGGAGGGGGUCGGGGGCAGCGACCCAGAGGCCACAGGGGCGGUAGGUGGGGGCGCAGAGGCGGCGCAGACCCGCUCCCCGAGGCUGCCCGAGAGAUCAGAGGUGGCAGCUGCGGCAGAAGGGGACGGCGCUCCCGGGAGCAGCCCUGAGGGGGAUGGGCAGGGCGGAGGCCAGGGGACAGCGGAGGCAGAGGGGAAAGGAGGUGAGGGGACAUCGGAGGCAGAGAGGAAAGGAGGCCAGGGGACAGCGGAGGCAGAGAAGACCGAAGGGGCUGGGGAAGAUCUGAGUCCAGAAGAGCAGAAAGAGUCCAGGAAAGAAAUCGAGUCCCAGGCAGAGGAGGUGAGCAAGGCAGGGAGUCCCCUUGGGGCUGACAAGGAGCCGAGACCAGAGGAGGGAGGACCACAGUCCCAGGAGAAGCAAGAAGGCUCCCUGGAGGAGGCAGCAGUGAAGCCCCAAGCCCCUGCUGAGGGCCCCUCAGGGCAUGCCACGCCCCUCCUGGCAGAGACCCCAGCCCCAGAGCAGCCCACCGAGUGCCAGCCACUGCUUCAGGGUCAGGGGCCCAGCGCCAACCCCAGUGCCCGUGCCGUGCCCACCUAUGCACCUGCGCGGCAGCCUGAGCCACCUGCUCCCACCGAGGGCGAGGAGGCAAGCGGCCCUAAACAAAAGACGUGCCAGUGUUGCGUGGUCAUGUGAGCCUGCGUGCCUCCACCCCACGCCCAGCUCCUCUCACAGCUACCUCGGCCUCUUGGCGUCCAGCAGAGGGUCCCACGCGCAGACAGGGCACACGGGACUGGCUCUGGUACCUGGAAGCCAGCUGACCCACACAUCCACCUAUGCCUGGGCUUCCGGACCCCUUGCCCACACUGCCUGUGACCCUGGCCCCCUUCUGCAAUGAAGCCUUUAUACUUGAAAAUAAAACGUGAAAGCACUC